AGGUUCGUGCGAAGCCCAUCGUCAUCCAGGUCUUCUUCGCGGUGUGGUGGCUUCACGAGCUGGGCAUCGCGCACCGGGACCUGUCCCUCGAGAACAUCCUGCUGACGAAGCAGGGAGACCAGGGGACCACGUGGUCAAGAUCAUCGACUUCGGGGCAGCGACCGCCUUGCGGCACUGCGGGGAGGGCGAGUGUCGGGGCAAGCGGAACUACCAGGCCCCCGAGAUGCACACGGGCGGCUACGACGCGUUCGCGGCUGACAGCUUCGCGCUCGGCGUGGUGCUCUUCGCCACCAUGGCGCACGACUUCCCGUGGACGUCGACGAAGGCCGGCGCCUGCAAGCACUACAGCUACGCCCAGCGCAACGGCCUGAGGGCGCUCCUCACGGCCAGGCGCGCACGCAAGGAUCGCCCAGCCGCCGUUUGAUCGAGGUGCUGAGCCCGACCCUCGUAGACACGAUCGAGGGGCUGUCGCAGGCGAAUCCCAGCCUGCGCCUCAACCUGGGCGAGGCUUGCCGCACGGGCAGUGGCAAGUCCAGCUUCUGGAGCACUCCGUGGGCGCAGGAGGUUUAAGCCGCCUCCGGCCGCCCAGGAGGCCUUGGAAGCGUAUGUGUGCAUCUCCCUCCGACGGCAUAUCCGAUGGUGUUUUUUAGCCGCGCUCUGGAUUUUUUCAGAGAGCGGCCGUGAGCCCCGGCUCGCAGCACAUUCGGUUCAACCUUGGGGUUCUAUCUAUCGUUCCCAGACCCGCAGCGACCUUGCGCAGGCUGCAUUCGAUGCGCCUGUUCAUCAUUCCGAGCAUGCUGGCGGGGAUCGCGCCGUCGGUUUGCUUCCUGCGUCUAGCAGGGUUUCCUUUCCCAGCGAUGGGCUGGGUUCAGAGAAGUUUAUUCGCAUCCGGAGGCGCCCUUCGCCUCCAAGUAACUACACUCGGUGCCUGCAUCCUGCGUUUAGCGGGGGGCUUCGGUCUGGGCCGGACGAGUUUCCGGUUACCCGUGCAGCGGCUGGUGCAUGAAUAUUGAAGAUGUGGGAUUGGCGCCAGCAUUCUGCAUUCAGCAGGGGAGCUCGUCUGACAGUGACAGAGACAAGCUCCUAUCGAUCGUGCAGUCGUCGGUCUCACCCAAUUUUUCUGUAUAUACGAAGGCCAUGCUCUCUGCCGCCAGCAUCCCUGGGCUGAUCCUUCAUGGGGUUGUACUCGGCUCCUCGGGGGCGUGCCUUGGAAUACAGAUUAGGUCGUGCUGCCCAAGCUGCUCGCGGGGCCGACUGCACGCACGCAGGUGGGCAACUUGACCGGGGGUCAACAUGCUGAGGGA